UGGGUUGUAACAUUUUCCUUGCUUGUAGAGUCCAGCUGAUCUGUAACUAAACCAAGGAAUGUGUCAGCAGUGCUUUAGCCCAGGGCGUCACAGUCCACAAGCAGCCCUGACUUGCGGCAUUUCCUUCCUGUACGCUCUGUGGUGGACUGGGGAUAUAUAUAAGUGUGUUUGUCUGUCUUUGUGCAAAGGUAUGUGGGCGACAGACUUUUGUAGUAAUUGAUUCUGCAGUUUCAAGAACCAGUAGCACGAUUUGGGUCUCGGAGUGAAGCAAGUUGUUUAGUAACUGUCUUCUGCAGGAAUGCUGCUGUGCAUCAUUUGGUCGUUUAUCCUUGCAGAUUUGGGAACAUGGCGAGUGGUGGAAUCCCAACCAGAAAGUGCAUUUUGCAUUGGAACCGAAUGUUAUGGCCUUUUCCAUAGUCACCAAAACUUUAGAUCGGCGAAGAAAAUCUGCAGUGCCAAUGUUAGUGAAGGACAUUUGAUGACUGUGCGCAGCACAGUGGCAGCGGAUAUCAUUUUACUACUGACGGGCAACAGCAGGAAACACUUUUGGAUAGGACUGAGUCUUGCUAAUGGUGUGUGUACGGAUAACUCCAACAUAUUGAGGGGGUUUCGGUGGGUUACUGGAGAUGAUAAAACUGACUUUUCGUCGUGGAAGACACAUUCAACAGAAUGUGGUCCGAGCUGCAGUUUUGUGACUAAUGGCACAGAAUGGGGAGCGAAACCCUGCUCAGAGAAGGCUGAUGGAUUUCUCUGUGAGUACAAUUACAAUGGCAUGUGCUUCCAAGUGACAGCACCAGAUCAAUUCAGAGUCACUUAUAUAACUCCUUUUGGCGCUAAGGACUCUGAUUUACAGGAGUACCCUCCUGCAACGGUUGCCUCCGUCUACCCCACGAGAGAUAACUUUACGUGCACAGAUCAAGGCGAUGGCACAUUCCGGUGGAAAUCUCUCCAAAAGGCACCUUGGGAUUGCUUAGUUGAAAACGGGGGGUGUGAAUAUCAGUGUGAGUCACACGGAGGCAGUCCUAGAUGUCUCUGUCCUUCCAGUCAAUAUCUCAUGGCUGAUGGACUCAGCUGCUCACCUCAGCCAGAUCCUUGUAAAAAUGUACCCUGUGCUCACAUAUGUAUCCCCCAGGGAAAUGGGUUUAUGUGCAUGUGUAGGGACGGCUAUAACUUAACAGCUGAUGGGGUAACUUGCGAGGACGUUGAUGACUGUAAAAUGAAUUCCCGGCCAUGCGACCAACAGUGUACCAACCUUGAAGGUGGUUUCAAAUGCAGCUGCUACGAGGGCUACGAAAUGUUAAAUGACAAUUCGUGUAGAGACAUAGAUGAGUGCGCUCUCGACGGUACUUGUGAUCAUUUCUGCAACAAUACUGCAGGCAGUUUUGCUUGUUUUUGCAACGAAGGCUAUGUUAAGGACGCCACUGACCCCAAGAAGUGCAAUUUGUUCUGUGACACUGAAACAUGCCCGGCUGUAUGUGAUCCUAAUAAUUAUAAGUGCAAAUGUCCAGACGGAUAUGUUUUAGAUGACGACAAGGAUGGUAAUUCCAUAUGCAUAGAUAUAGACAAUUGCGAUGGCACCAACUUUUGUCAGCAGCUCUGCGAGAAUACAUUUGGGAGCUAUAAAUGCUCUUGCAAAGAGGGCUAUACCCUGAAGGAAGAUGGAACUUCCUGCAAGUCUGAAUGGGAAGAAGAAACAGGCUCGGCAGGGGCACCUACCUUCACUGUCCCUUCUAUCACGAGAACCUCUGUGGUUAUCCCCACCACCAACUACACUGCAGUACACAUUGCCUUAUCGCCUGGAGCGAUCGUUGGUAUACUUAUUGUUAGUACUGUGGUAAUAUUUGUCUUCAUCAUCGGGGUUUAUUGCGUUAUCAAACAACGCAGCAAAUGGGCUCUGUCCAAAGAUACAAAAUGCGGCACAGACAGGGACAUCAGUCUUCAAGAAGUUACUGCAGCAGACAGUUGUGCACACACAUUUAUACCAUCUACUGAAAAAUCAAAACUAGACACAUAAGCUGCAAGUCUGAAUGUCUCCUUUUAUUAGAUAAAAACAAACGUGUAUGUGCGGGUACUAUAUUUCCAAGAGUGCAUUAACGUGCCCUAAUGCCUUUUGAUAGACGUGCCACUGAAAGUAGUUGAACUCCACAAGGAGGUUGCUUUCCCGUAAUAUUAGUGCACUGAACUACAUUGUAUUAGUUGGAAAAUGUGGCACGCCAAAGACCCACGUACCCCAAAAGGAAAACCGCUGGGAACAACCUCAGAUGACAUUCAAAGUUGAAGGAAACACUAAAGGCAGAAACGGAACUUGGAAGUUAAAGUGCAAUAUCAGUGCAAAUGCAUAUUCAGUUGUCUUUUUCUUUAUCUUUAGUAAGUGAUAGUCAUUGGUGAAACUAUUUUAAACACGUUAAAAUUUGUAGCCAAAGUGCUCUGUUUUCCUCUCACAACGCCAUCCUCUUUUCAAAUAUUAUUUAACUUAAAGGAGGUAUCUAAUACACAUUUCCAUUUUUAGCAGUUACCUGUGAAAGACCGGUUAGAGGUAGAACUUUUAUCCAUUAUGGACUUAUUCUGGCGUCAAUAAGAGGUAAAAUUGUUGAAAAUUUCAAUAUGUUUAGGAAAAAAUGUUCGUUUAGAUUGUGUUUCAAGUCAAGCUUCACCCAUUGCAACAAUGCAACAGAAAGUUAAAAGUUUGCCUGUGGCGCCCUCUGUUGGUAAACUAUGCCAUUGCAAUGUGAAACUGACUGGACUUUUGCGCUCCUGAUGGCUUUUCGGCGUCAAAUUCUGAGACUUGCAGAUCAGCAUUUUAGCAAUAAUAAAUACUCUAGUAUAAUGUGAACACAAGUCACAUUUGUACUGUGAAGUUCAUGGCAACGCAAGGUAAAAGAAGGCACAUUUAUUUAUGUGGCACUGCACAAAAUAUUUAAAGCUCUACCUUUAAAAGCACAGACUUUAAACCACAGACCUAUUGUGAAUUGUGCAUUUAGUAGAAGUCAACGCAAGAUGAAUCUUAUUUUCAUCAGGUGCAGUUUAUCUUGGUAUAUAGUAUACCGAAAUAAUGUUUAACUUAUGUGUAUGAGUUUUAUCUAUACUUAUAAACGUGCAAAUAAAUAUUUAUUUUUUCAAUGGUU